UCAGCUGAUUUCAAUUGGUCAGUUCAAACAUAAACAUAGAAUCUCUUAACUGAAUCAAACAAACAAAUAGACAGACACCAUUGUUAGAGGCACAUUAGAUAAAAAUUGAACUUUAAGCUAUUCCGGGGUUAUCACCAAUUCCUCGAAUUAUUUUUUUUUUUUCGUAGAUAAAACGCAUUUGCUCAACAAUGUUGCACAUAAUCGAUCGUGUCGGUAACAAUAUAACGUAACAUUUUAUUUUCGGAAAACUUGCUUAGACUGUGAAUAGGAAUUAAUAGGAAUCGAUUAGGAUGGGUUUCGUUUCGCUAAUAAUCACUUUAUUGGAUCCGUUCGGAAUUAUACGGAAAAUGGUUUUUCGACCGGUAACAAGUGUUGUUUCCACUGCCUUUGAUCAUUAUCGCACAAAGACAUCAGACCAAAUUUCAUCAGUCAAAGAAAUUGCUGUAAAGGCAUCAAUAGUGGCAGUAUCAUCUGCAAUUGUCAUUUGGGCAGCAGUUUUUAUGUACAUUGCAUUUUACUACACAUUCAUUCCUGCUGUCGCACACACCCGGCCUGUGUAUAUGCAAUUCGAAUCGUGCACAACGAACAAUGAAAGAGGUCCGUGUUCCUUUCCACACGCUCAUGUCUCUCUAACAAAACGCCAACAACUACUGAUGGUGGGUCAGCCAUACCGAGUGUAUUUAUCUAUCGAUAUGCCUGAAUCGCCCCAAAAUCAAGACCUCGGCAUGUUCAUGGUAUGUGCCGAAAUGCGAGACCAGCUAACACAAUUACGAGACCAUUCUUGUCGAGCGGCGAUGUUACACUACAAAUCCAAACUGAUCCGAACUAUUACAACACUGAUUAUGAGUCCGUUGUAUGUGACGGGAUUAAAGGAGGAAGCACAGCAGGUGUUUAUCGAGCUGUUUACAAACUACGAGGACGACCAGAGUCAUCCGGUCACCGACGUCUUUAUUGAACUACAAUCAAGGGAAUUGCAAUACUACUCCAUGACGUUGCAUAUAACAGCACACUUCUCCGGCCUGAGAUAUAUAAUGUUUCAUUGGCCCAUGCUUUCGGCUGCAAUAGGAAUUUGCACCAAUCUGUUCUUCAUAAUGGUCGUCAGUUUACUGAGCUGGUAUCAUUGGGGCGAUUAUAUGUGGAUUGAGGACGCUAAAGAGAUUUUCCGGAACACAGUCAACCGAAAGAGAAGAAAUCGAGGAGAUUAUUCAACGUCAAUUGAUGAAUCCAAUAAGAUACUGGACGAUGACGAUAUUAUCAGUCUGGCGGAUGAUCAAUCGGCAUUUAGCAAUCGAUCGGGUGAUAGUCCAGUCGAUAAUAAGUUUGGUAAUUUGAAUUCGAGUUCAAAGUGUUAGAAACGAAUUUUGUACGAAAUGAAGUUUUUUCUAAAAUAGUUUUUAUAUAAUUGUUGCUUAGUAAGGCACUUAAAAUUAUGUUCUUCACGCACGCAUUUCAUUGAACAACCAUAUAAAAGACAUGAUCUCGUCAUUGUAUAGUUACCCUAAUUUUCAUUGUGAUAAAUGUAAUAGUUUUGCUCUAAUAAAAAUCGGAAUUUUA